UUUAGGUCUUCCUGUUUUGCCCGGAAUGCGAGAGGCGCGGGCUAGCGCAGUAGGGAUGAGGUAAGCGAUCGAUCCAUCGGGAGUAUGCCCUCGCCAGGGCGCCGAGCAAGAUGAUGAGGGAUGAGGACACCGAGAGCAGCACUAGCACCAAUAGCAAUAGCAACAGCGCUUCGUCUACAUCCUCUUCUCUGGACAGGCCAAUCGAUCGCCCGGCGGUGAUUAGGAGCGGGAAAAGCUGCACUGGAUGCUUGUAUCACUCGAGCUAUCGCAAGGAGAAUGGCCGGAAUCCACUCUGUGUGGGGUUGUCGCGCUCCGAGAAGCAAGCUUACAAGGGAAAUAAUCCUCACUUAGAAGCGCUCAACGAUGAGAAGAGACUCUUCGAGUUUAAGUACGCGUGCCUUGGAUACUCCGUGUACAAGCAAAGCACUCCUUCUGGAGCUGGCCAGGAUAGACGGGUUGAAUUGCCUGCUUGCCUGGGAAUUGAGAUGCAACUCUUGGAUCCCAGAAAAGCUCCACAGCAUGCUCAUCAAACAGUUCCUGGACAAAUGCCAGGCCAACUUUCGGACCAAGCCGAUGCUCACGAAGAAGGUCCUCGUGUAGCAGUACCACAGACUCCUCCCCCUCCUCCUCCCAGCCACCGUCCUCAAAUUGCUGGACCAACUCGGAGCGAUGAAUUUGCGACGAGGUUUUUCCGAACCGCGGGAUUGAUAGCAACAGCCGUUGGGCACAACUUGUCAAGAGUGGCCGGAUCCAUCAAGACGGGCCUGGACGACAUCUUCUAUCCGGAUCGUCGCCGGCCAAAGUGAUGAUCCAGCGACUCGCUCGAUAGCAGUACAAAUCGAAAGAGAUAAGUGAAAUCAAAAAGCCUUUCGUUUUCACAGGCCCGCUCUCUUGCUCGUUCCAGGAAGUAAUAAAACACCAUAGUUGCGAGCC